AUGCCACAGAAGCGGCAUUUACUAUCCACGAAAGCCACUUCAGCAUCAACACUGAAGACAACGAUUGUGUCCGUCGAGAGAGGACAGAGAGAAGAAGAACAACAGAAAAUAGAGGAGGAAAAACAGAAACAGAGAAGAGAAAGAGAAGAAAAAGAGAGAGAAUACGAGGAAAAGAAAACUGAAAUGAAAAGCCAUUAUGAAAGUCUGGAACGAGACAGAAAAGACGAGUGGGAGAGAAGAAAACGAGAGGAUGACAAGAGACGAGAAGAAGAGAAAAAGACAUGGAAGAAAAAGAUUGAAGAUCUGAAACAAGAGCAAGAAGAAGAGAUCAAGAGAAGAGAAACAGAGGAGAAGGAGAGAAAAGAAAGAGAAAAGAAAGAGAGGGAUGAAAUGAAACAGAAACAUGAAGAGGAGAUAAAAGAGAUGAAAAUGAAACAUCAAGAUGAAGCAAGAAAACAAGCAGAAGAAUUUAAUGAUUUCAAAGAGAGAAAAGAGCAGCACACUCAGGAGUUAAAAGAGAUGCUGGAUGGACGUCAGAAACAAUAUGAAUUACUGGAAAAACUCUGUCAACACCUGAAAGACCAGAAAGAAGAAGAAAUAAAAGAAAAAGAACUGCUACAAGAAAUUGAAGAACUGAAGAAGAUAAAUCAUUGUGUUAUUCUGUGA